GAGGGGGAGGGCGUGGGGGCGGCGGUCGCCGCUACCGCCGCCUGAACCGAAAACCUCCCCACCGAUCUCCCCGCCAGGCGACGUGCCGUCGCUCCCCUCCAUCAGCUGCCAUGAGCGAACGCCUCCGCCCCAGGAAAAGGAGAAGGAAUGGGAAUGAAGAAGACAGUCAUCUCCCUCAGACCAAACGGAGUAGCAGAAACCCUGUCUUUCAGGACUCCUGGGAUACAGAGACAGCACCCGUAACGAAAAACAGUAAAGAAAACAGACUAAGAGGAAACAAAGUGUUCUGUGCGUCUUCAAGCAGUGACAGUGGUGGUAGCAGCAGCAGCAGUAGUACCAGCAGCAGCAUCAAUAGCCCAGACAGGGGAAGUGUUCAAGAAAGCAGCUUAAACCAGAUCAUUACCGGAUCCAGCCCCAAUACCCCUCAGUCCUUACAGGAGCAGUCUGCACUAUGCCAAGGCCCUUAUUUCCACAUCAACCAGAUUCUGAAGGAGGCCCACUUUUAUAGCCUACAGCACCGAGGACGGCCUCCUACAUGAUGAACUAGCAGUUCCUUGCCUUCUGUGAAGGGACAGCACUGUGCAGAUUUGAUAUUUCAACUUAAAAAGUUUGUUAAAAAAUUGCACAAAA